AGCAGCAGCGUGCUCAUUCCGUAGCAGACUACCGCAUCGACCGGACGCGCGUGAUCGAGAACGUUGUUGAAAAGGCAGCACGCCGAACUACCAUAAAAAACGACCAGCUAUCCGUGAAAGCGUACGACGUGUAUGCAGUUUUCCAGUCGAAACAGUAGCAACAGCGAUUGGGAGGAUCAGUUGGCAGCGGUACCAGCAACCACAACAACCUCAGUGACGAGUCAUUGUUGUCGUCGACGACGGCGUCUAUUUGCUCUAUCGAAGUCAGAGAAUCUGAUCGAAACGAACACUGCGCGAAUUUCGCAUCGACUCGAUUUCCAGACGAAAAACCUAAACGAAAAAGCGGAUUCGAAUCGCGACAAACGUUUCGUGAACAGAACGAACAAAUUUGCACACGCGUUCCGAAAACUGACUCGUCAAUUCCCGCUACAAAGAGAAAUUGUCUCGUCGAUCUGGUGAAGGGAGAGCACGCAGUGGUUCAACGGAAUCUCUUGGAAAAACUAUCGACGUUUAGCGACGCCAGGAACCGUCUGGUUUGAACUUUCCAGAAAAACGGAGCGAGAAAGACGACGGCUAGGUAUAGUGCUAGGUGAAAGAAAAGGAAGGCAACUUGCCGCGGAAUAGAAAGAAAGAGAGUGUGUGCUCGGUCACGAGUGCCGGCUAUCGAGAUGGCGUUUAUGAUGCCCGUUAUGAAAAACGAGUGGGACAUUUACAAGACCAACCGCAGUCGUCGAUCUUCCGAGUGUUCCAAUCCUCAGGCCUGUCGCAGUAGAAAGGUUUCGGAAUGUUCAAAAUCCGAGGGUCCAUCGCUGUCUACCUCGCCAGGGUCAGACUUUCUGACAUCGCCGGCUCACCGUUCCGUGCCCCUUACUUCCCGGCAUUUCUCGAGAACGUCCUCGAGGGCGUCUCAAAGCUCGUUGCAAAGUCCGAGCAAGAGUACCGGUUCGUCUCCGCCGAAAACCGGCAGCUCUAAUUCUCUGAACAAGUUCCACAAUCGGCUGGUGGACAAGUUGAAAAGGUCUUUGAAAAAGGCUGACGAUACCGCUGAAGAUCAGCGAAACUUGUCGUGAAACAGUCAGGCGGUUUUGGGCCGGCCACCGAUUUCCGGCUCGAAACCGAUCGAGAUCCGACGUACCUCUGCACCCGUUACCACGUCCGCAACGAUCCACGAGGGGGUGGUACGAUCCUGUCCGGAUCCGCCGCCUUCGGCGUGGUAAAACAGCACGACAACAACAAAAGUAACAACGACAGCAACGGGAAUAGAAUCGGACGAGCCGUAAGAAGAAAAAGUUUCCCGUGAUUCGAUUGCCAGCGACGACGAUGAUGAUCGAUUCUUGGAACAGUGGCAUCUAAUAAGAAGGAGCGAAGGACCACAAGCACCGGGAACGAGCAACAAGAAGGAUCCAGUGAAAGAGGUACAUAAUCACAAUGGAAUUCGUCGUUAUCUACGUUAUCUACGUUGGCGCGUACGUUGGACUGCGUUUAUUUCGCAUUCAUUUCGCGUUCAUUUCGCGUUCGUUUCGUACGCGUAUAAUUGCAUAGUUCGUGGCCAGUCGGGGUCGGUAUAGGAUCUUAAUGUCCAGACCUAAAAGCUAGUUCCUUCAUUGUACAUAUAUUAUUGCGCGUAUAAAAUCUCAGAAACAGCUCAAGCGUUACACGAUCUUCGCUUCUUACUAAAAUGGUCAAAAUUGUUUCACGCUCUGUUCCUUUUCUCUCUCUCUCUCUCUCUCUCUCUCUCUUUCUUUCUCCUUCCUCUAUUUUCUUUCUUUCUCUUUUUGUCUUCCUCUCUUUCUAUUAAAGACGUAGCUAAAACAAAGUUGUAUUUCGUUCGAGCUUCUUCCUACUUCUUUGGAAUUUAUUUACAAGAUUCUUACUUUCUUUUUGUCAUUCGUGUAACGUCUAGCCAAUCAAAUGGUAACUGUGGUAAAUAUGUUUUUAAAAUAUUAGGGCAAGCAGAAAAAUGGGGUGACUAUGACGUGGCGUAAGUCGCGUCCGAGUCAAAGGAGUUCCCGUAGAGGUUCUCGCAUACGACAACCGGAAACGCUUGUUUUCAUCGUUAAGAUUACUUGCUGCCUCCAAAGGGAAUGUGCGUGCGUAUAUGCGAAAACUGCGAAAGGGUAUACGAAUGCGCAUUAUAUACACGUACAAUAUAGGUGAGCUAGUGAGAGAACGGAGCCUAAGAAAAGACUUACUUACUUUAAUCGUAUAUGUGUAUAUACACGUAUAUACACUAUCGUUCGAGCGACAUUAACUGUACUUAUAUGCGUAAAUAUUUAUUUGACGCUUUCGUUAAACUUCGUCUCGCAUAAAAUUUAACAAACACGCGACCAAAUACAUUGUCUUCGAAACGAUGCACGAAUAUACUUUUUUUUUUCUUUUUUUUUUCUUUUUUUUUUUUUUAUUUAUAAAACGUUGGUCCCGCAUGGAAAAUUGCUUAUUUCAAACUUUCUUCCCGAUCGAUCCGUUUCUGAUUUUUUGAGAUUGAUCUCCCUUUGGUAUCGUUUCGAGGUAAACGUAUUUGCAAUACAUACGAGACUUAUUUGCUAGUUUAUAUCGCAAAAAGGAUACAUUUUUUAAAGAAUCCUCGCAGUAUGUAUCGAAGUGUAUCAUAGCGGUUUUCCUUUGUCCCGCGCCCGAGGUACUGGAUUUUGCUGUUUUGAUUAGUCGUUACGAAGCGUUUGUUAAAUUUCUUUAUAGUAUAAUGAUAUAUUAGUUGCGUCGAGAUAAAUGGUCAAGCCUGUUACUUGUUAUAUGUUGAAUAAUCUGUUUGAUGAAUAAUCCUGGAAUAGAGAAACGAAAGUAUCCUCGAAAAUUGGACGCAGAACGACGUCUCUCCAAGACAUCGAAUGAAAUCGUAGAGAUACUUUUAUGUGCAAUUCUACAAAUACUAAUUAUCUAAAUUAGAUAAUUUCUUGAUUAUCUGAAUUCACGUUUUUUCCUAUCCUUCUUCUCUUCACCUUUGCUUUUAUUCGAUCGUCUCAUACACGAUGGACGGUAUUGAAAACCAAAGAACGGUACGAUUGAAACGUCCUGCUGUUUCUUAAAAAAAAUUAAAGUUCAGACAGAACUUUAACGACGAUAUAAUUCGAGCAAAGUUACAGCAACGUAUCGUUCCGUUUCAUAAUGAUUGAACAGUAUUUAAUUGCGUGUAAGAUAAACAGAAGUUUGUUUUUUAUAUGUGUAAUACGGUGACAUCGUCUGCGUCCAUCUAUAUAUUACCGCAAUUUUCAAUUUUUCGAAUAAGAUGAUCACGCGCUUUCCUUAUCGUUUUGCGAAAUUACGAAGUGGGAGCAAUUAUAUGAUACCGCGUGUAACUCUGUGAUACCGUAAGCUAUAAGGUAGAAUUAUUUUGCAACAAUCAUAUAAAAGAAAAACAAAAAAAUAAAAAAAUGGAGGUAGAAGUUGGGGAAAUGUUAUUGUUACUACGAAAAUUCGUACGAACGCUUCGAUUCUCCGUCAAUCAAUGCGCGUCCUUUGAUAGCAACAGCGACGAGUUCUUUCCUCGUUCCAUAACAAUGUUGAUUCGAACGAGAACAUGGGGUCAAACGAUUUUUCCUUAAUUUUCGAUCGAACAUGUUUUCGGGAUUUAUUUAUUUUCUAAAUAGAUAUCGUUCAACGUUAAAUUCUAAAAGAUUAUCAAAUUUGAUGUGAGAAGCACGUCGCCUAAUUUUCAAGACGAUUGUCCGACAGUUUUUCUUUGUAUCCCUUUGUUUCCUUUCCUUUUUUCCUUUUUCGUUCCUUUUUCUUUUCAGUGAAAAUGCGGGGUGAACGAGGAAAGAAAGAACGAACGAAGGAAAAGACCAGAUGCGAUAAGAAUGAAAGGACUAAUUCAGAAAAAUUGCCGUUAUAUGUAAGACUGCUUUAGAGAACAGAAAAACAAUAGAAUUACCGAUCUGAUGGUAAAACGUGGUGCUUGACGAAGUGUUGGGACGCGCGAAGGAUCGAGAACGUUGCACGAACCUUGGCGAAAUUUCGUUCCAUCAUUUCGUUGAUUGAUUUGUACUGAUUAGGAACAAUGGUGUUAUUAGAAUUUAGAGAUUGACGAGAUAAUACGAUCUAUUUAUUACGGCGGCCUCGGACCGCGGAGUAAACGUGGAUUGGAUGCUUUGACCUCCCAUCUUUUUGUAUAUAAUAUUUUUCGCGUUGAUUCGAAAUAUUUACAUAACAUUUGUUACUUUUCAAUUCGAUUUAUAAAACACUUAGCUGUACGUAUCUCAUAGUUUAUCCGUUUCAGCUCGAUCCACUUUCAUUCUACGGUCACAAUGUUCGCGCAACUAUAAAGCUAUGUGAAUAUAUACAAAUAUAUUUAUAUAUAUUUGAAUAUGUACAUACGUAUACAUCGACACACGCACACGCGCUUGUUGCGCGCCUGUUGUGUGCAUAUAUACAUAUACAUUAUUCGACAAUUUGACUAUUUUUUGUAUAACUAUUGCAACUGCGUUAUGGUUAUUCGUUAUACCUCACUCGGGACAUUUUGAGCUGAUUUUUAGCGCGUGGCUGAGGAGAUGGGAGUACGAGUCAUGGGAAAAUGGUCACGAACAAUUUCAUACGAAAGUACAAAUUGAUAGUUUUGGCUUGGAUCGAGCGAUAGAAUCGAACGUAAAUAUCAGAAACUAAUUUCUAUCGCGUUUAGGGAUAUGCGUGGUGAGCUUUAUGUUGAAACGUAUAGGUACUUUGCGUACCUAUUACGUACCUUUUACGUAUUUACUAACGUAUACUUUGCGUAUAAUAAAACGGCCUGAAGAACGCUUUUGUAUUAUAAGUAGAAUAUGCUCGCCGUUUCAUAUUUUGUCUAAUAUUUUUGCAUUGUAGAAGCAGAAUUGUCGCUUUCGCGAUUCAAAACGACAUUAUUCGUCGGUAUACAUAGUAUCGUUGAUCCCUCAAUGACUUUCUCCUCAACCAUGACGAUUGAAUGUCACUGCCAAAAUCCCCAGGAUCGCAUAAAAAUAUAGCAUCUAUAUACAUACAUGAUAGACUUGACGAGCGGCUGUUGCUUUUUCCGCGGCAACCUGUUCGUUUUCUGCCACCACAAACCUCUAUCAUUCUCUCGCUAUUUUUCGAUCUUAUGUUGUGUAUUUAUUUUUUUUUUCUUUUUAUAAAAUAGCAGCUUUUGUUAUUGAAAAGCCCGUAACGCUCGUUCUUCAACGUAACUUCAUCAAGAAUGAAAUGUCGGGUACAUCAUCGAGCUUCUUAAUUUCUCAAAAUUUAAAGAUUGAAAAAAGAAGAAAUAACAAAAUAUACGAUACUAAGCGAACAUUUGAAAUUUUUUGUCAAAACCUGUUAUCAAUCUUUUUUCUUUUUCUUUUCCUAUUUUCCUUUUCUGGACGUAUGUACGUACAUGGACGUACAAAAUGGAAAAGAAAGCGAAACGACGGGUGCACAUUCCAUGAAUAUAAUUAUACAUGUAUAAAAUAACGAGUCCGUUAGCGUUUGUUAAGACAUUCGAGUAAGAUAUUACAGGCGAACAUUCAAGAUGAAUAAUAUAUCUAAAGUUUGAAAGCUUACAAUAGACUCGGUUCAUCAUUAUCAUAUAUCGUGAUUUUUAUGUCAUGUUCAAUAAAUGAGUUUCAAAGUA